UCUGUACAGGCCGAGUCUGCCCGGGACGGGGGUGGGUGGAGUUCGGGGUAAUGGCUGAUCGACCGGGAGAGGUGUAUCUGGUCACAGGCGGCUGUGGGUUUCUCGGCCGGCACCUGGUGAAGAUGCUGGUGGAGCGCGGACAGGGAAUCUCGGAGAUUCGGGUCUUCGACGUGAAGGUGGACAGAGAGCUGGAGUCCCUGAGCACGGUUGCUGUACAUGUCAAGCUGAUUCAGGGUGAUGUCUCUGAGGCAGACAGCGUGCGAGAUGCAGCGAGAGGCGUGGACCUCAUCAUCCACACAGCCGCACUCAUCGAUGUCUGGGGCAAAUAUUCGCCAUCCAGGAUCUGGGCCAUCAACUAUCAAGGGACCUUAAAUGUGAUUAACGCCUGUAAGGAGUUGGGGAUUCAGUUCCUGCUGUACACGAGCAGCAUUGAAGUGGUGGGACCGAACUCGAAGGGGGACCCUUUCAUUAGGUGAGGAUUGUACGGGGCGCUGGCGGGUCUGUUGACCUCGGGGCUGGAUGUUGGCCAUGGGAGGGGGUCCCCUCUCUCCUCGAAGCAGGUGGAGCGUGGAGAGGACACGUUGGGCACCAAGUGGCU